UUCUGGUGUAGUGAAAAAGUGUUUUACUACGUUAUUUGUGGAAAAUACUUGUAAUAGUUACGUAUGCAUGACAACAUCUCAGCGUGAUGCGGAGAAUGCAAGUGCUUGCCACAUGAAAACCGCUUGCGAACAUAUCUGACAGACGUCCACAUGACAACUCCUUCCACCUCGCCGCGGGCUGAAGGCCCACCCGACAGCAAAAUGGCUUCAGGCUGCAAUUACAGAGGCAGGCGCCACGUGCCCGCUGAAGGCAGCGUGAUGUGGCAUACGGGCAUCAAUGACUUACCAGACGAACUGCUGCUAAUGAUCUUGUCCCACGUGGCUUUCACCGAUCUACUGGAUGUGGUACCGAACGUGUGCCGUCGUUGGAAAAAGCUGUCUCAAGAUUCCAAGUUGUGGGCUGACAGGGAAUGCAAUAUUGGGGCCCUGUGGCAGUGCUACCUGGAUGACCGUAAGGGUGGUGGGAACGAGCAGGAAGCAAUAGAGAUCUUCCGAAACAUCCCGAACCUGUGUAUAGUGCGCAUGUGGUUCAAUGUCAACCCCCUCAUCAUCCAGGAGCUCUGCGAUCACUGCCCGAGGCUCGCGGAGUUGCACCUCCAUCCCAGUCAGAAGCUCACCUACUCGUUGCAGGUACUGAAGACCUUGGUGGAGAAGUGCACCAGAAUACACACACUGACGGCUCCCUACAAACUGCUGAAGUCUGAAAGGUGCUCGGAGGCCCUGUCGCAGCUGCACAACCUCCGUGUGCUGAAUCUGGAACCGGAAUACAAGGAAUUCGAUCGUAGCUCUACCCAGGAACCUUGUUUGGUGCGACCUCUGGUCAACGGAUGCCCGCAACUAGCCGAGGUCGACUUUGGGUUUACGUAUAUCAAUAUGGAAGACCUGAGGUACUUUCUGAGAGCCAAGAGGAACACCCUCAGGUCGAUACGCAUAAAGUGGGCGAUGGGUGGGACGAGCUGUGUCCCACCGUUGCUGGAGGCCUGCACCGAGUUGGAACGUCUGGAACUCUGCGAGGAUGACGACUUUGAGAUGGUCCACAGUAUACCGAGAGAGGCGUUCACUGCCCUGGGAAAGCUGAAGAACUUGCAGGAACUCAGGAUAUCGAUCCCUAUUCGACUACCGCCUGGAGUUGCUCCUCUGGCAUUUAAGGGUCGAGGGCUGAAAAGAUUGAGAAAGCUGGACAUAUGGUGUGGACCUGGCUUGGACAAUGAGACAAUAAUUGCCAUCAGCCGUGGGCUCCCUGCUUUGCGGAACUCUCUGUCUGUGAUGCAAAGGUGCUCUCGGCUGCUGCCUUCUCUGAGAUCUACCGCCUGGAACAGCUUGAAAUAUUGGACGUGACAGAUUGCAGAACACUCGGCGGGGCCCUGUUCUCCUACCUCGUCGGGCUGCCGCGACUUCACACGCUUCGAAUG